UUAGGACACCUACUACAUACUCCGUACGUACAGGUUCGGUGAUCUCGCUACUCCUCAACAACCUCCAAUACAUCUCCUCUCUUCCCUCCUUCUGACUCCUACCGCCACCAAAUAAAGAAAAAGGGAUAUAUCUGUCUCCUUACCACCUCCUAUCUCUUUUGCAUUCCGCCUGCACGCUCUCUUCCCACAAUGUCGGACACCUUCCAAGAACUUGCGGAUAUCCCUAAGGAUUUCGUCAAAGAUGGCAUGCUCUUUAUGAACCGAUGUACAAAACCCGACAAGCGCGAGUUCCUCAAGAUUAGCCAGGCAGUUGGCUUCGGGUUUCUGAUCAUGGGAGUUAUCGGUUACUUCAUCAAACUGAUACAUAUCCCCGUCAACAAUAUUCUCGUUGGAGGCGCAUGAUGUGAGCAAUCAAACAAUAUAACCGGUUGGGGGAGUCUAAUAAUACUCCCGGCGUUGAAAUUGAGGAGAGGGGGGGAUAAAAAGAGACGAAAAAUAUAAAAGCAUUGCGCGCGAAUAUCAAACAAACUCUGUUGCUGCACUCGUUGGUCCUAUCCGUUCAGCAGGGCCGUGCCUUCGAACUUCCCAGGCAGUAUCUCCUCGAAAAGCCGAUGAUCAUAGGGUGUGCUGUUAAUUGGGCAGGAAUCCCUUUUUGAGCGAAAGACGAUAAUUUUUAUUUUCAUAUUUUAUUUUUUUGCAAAACAAAAGGAGAGGGAAGCUGGUGGGAACUGAGUUCAGCAGAUCGCACUUUAUGUUCCCUCUGUUAAUUUUUCUUAGCCAUCUUUCUAUUAUUCUUGUUUAUUUCCUUUAUGUUAUGCUUAUGUACAAUAUCCAGCCGUCAUUUAUGUUGAGCUCCUUUUCCUGUAUUGGUCGGUGUUUUGCCCUUUUUUACAUUCAUUGGAAAUAAUUUCAUCUGUCCCUUUUCUACUGAUGAUCGGGCGUUAAUUAAGCUGAUAUAUAUAUCUCUCGACUAGAUAAAUAUUAAUGCAUUGGGAGCUGCAUUUCUUCGCA